AUGAAAGCGAUUAGCAGGGAAGAUGGAGCAGAGCCAAUCAGAAGGCUUUAUUAUGCCCUUAAGACGGGCCAAGGGGAGGAGCCUUCCUGGGAGGCUCUCAGUCCCUCACCUUUCCUGCCUAACUCCAGACCAUUCCUUUGUCUACUGCCUCUUAGCAAGGCCAAGGAGAUGGAGAGGUUCCCAGUUCAGCUCCAGGACCUGGCUAUCCACCAGCUGUUGAGAGAUAAAACUUCUAUCAAACAGACCCUGAAUGAGCUUCCAAUCACCUUCUUCCCGAUUCUGUUGGAUGAGGCCAUCAAAGGGAAACACAAAAAGUACCUCAGAGCCUUGGUGCAGGUCUGGCCCUUCACCUGUCUCAAUCUGGGUUCUUUCAACUGGGGCAGUCCUGAAAACCAGGAUUGCCUCCGUGCUAUACUAGAAGGCCUGGAUACCCCACUGACACUUCAUGCUGGCACCAGGAGGCCAAAAUUGAGGAUGGUGGAUUUCCGACCAGACUCUGAGCAAAAUGAUGGCUCCCAAGAUGCAGCUGGAUGCGUGGAAUCAUCAGCCACAUGGAAGGACACAAAGGCCGCCUUUACUGCGAACAAGCCCAGGCAGAGGCGCGCACACUGGCUGCCCUGGGAGUGUGUGGAUCUAUAUUUGAACCUCUCCACAUGCGAUCACUAUUCUCAGAUCAUUUUUUCCUGUAUUCAGAGGAGGAUGAAGAUUAGCUGCCGUCCUCUGCGUCUAUUUGUUAGGAAAUUGUGCAUCAGGAAUAAGUCGUGUGAGUGGCUUGAAAACGCCCUGAUGUUCAUGCAGCUGGAAUUCAUAGAGGAGCUGGAGCUAGAUAUUCCCCCAGGUUUCCACUCCGAGGGGAUCAAUGUUACAAGAAAAGUGAAAGAGAUGACAAAUUUGCGGAGCAUCUCCCUGUCUGUUCUCAGAAUCCAAAGUCAUGGCCAAUGGGACCAGGUGUUGUCUAGUUUAUUUUCCUUCCUCUUCCACGCCAAGGUGCUGAGCCACCUCCGGGCAUUCCACCUGUCCAGUUACUACAUUUCAGGCCAUGUGUACUACCUCUUCCGCUACCUGCCUGCUACCCUGGAGAUCUUAGAGCUCCCCUACUGCAACCUGGAGCCCCGGGACAUCAGCUGCCUGUCCCAGAGCCCGCAAGCCUCGAGUCUGAAAAAGCUCAAUCUGAGGAACACUUGUCUUUCCCGUGUGGCUCCCGAUGUGUUAAAGGCGCUGCUUCAGUCAUCCAUGGCUACCCUACAGGAACUAGACCUCGGUGGCUGCAGGUUAGAGGAUGUCACCUUCAUGGCCUUGCUGCCCCUCUUAAGUCAGUGUGUCCAUCUCCAGGAGCUCCGUCUCUUCGAUAGUGUCAUCACCAUGGCUACCCUGCGGAGCCUGCUCCAGCACCUGGCAGGGCUGUCCAAGCUGCAGUGCGUGGUGCUGCCCGUCCCUGAAGAGUGCUUUGAAGGCCUCCCUGUUCACGGACGUACCCAGGACUUGCGACCACAACUGCUCCGGAGCGUGAAAGCCAUGGCCGAGGAGAUGUUGUGUGUCCCAGGGCGGAAGGAUGUGCGUUUUACCUACCGCCUCUCUGAAAUCACUCUUUGGAAGUUAACUUCUGAGUCUCGAAUGUAUUUUCAGUCUUUGUUUCCUCAUCCAGGACCUUAA